AUGUCGCUCGCAAGUAUCCAUACUACGUCCUCAAACACGGCCAGCUUCCUCUUCGAGCUUUGCGCACACCCAGAGUGGUUUCCCAUCCUUAGGGACGAGAUCGAAGAAGUCGGGAAGCAAACAGGGAAUGCUUCGGAGGUCGGCAUUAAGAGGGAGCCCGCAAAGAGUGGCACUGCAGCCGUAUACCUGAAAGAUGAGACGCACAUCCCUAAGGGGUGCAGAAUUGCAUUCGCAAGCACCGAGCACCAGAUGGAUCCGGAUGUCAUACCAGACCCUUUCACCUUCGACCCCAAGCGUAGUUACCGCAGGCGACAAGAGUCACCCGCUUAUCACGACAGGAACCUGGCUGCCCUGACCGACAUCAACAAUCACCUGACGUUUGGAUACGGAAGUCAAGCAAUAAGUGAUUCCUUCAUGGUUCCCGAUCCGCUCUGUCCUUCGUCCGGAAGCAAGAACAGGCUCUUCGCCCCGUUGACCUGCCUAGGGAAGUUUCUCGGCGUUGCAGAGAUCAAUCAACUGCUCUCACGGCUGAUCACCGAAUUCGACUUCAAGUACCCAGAGGGCAAGUCGAUGCCGAAGACCAUGUGUGCAGACAAGGACGUGUCCAUGGACCCCGGCGCGAAGCUCAUCAUGAGAAAGAGGAAGGUGACUUGA